AUGGCUCCCUCAUCUACGAAAUCCGCCGAUAUAAUCAACGUCGAGCUGUCGCCUACAGAGUCUCAGAUCUCUCCUUCUUCCGAUCUCAAGGUUGAGGUCGAGCAUGAAGAGCAGCACGAGAGUCUGCUGGACAAGCACAUUGACUUGGUUCAUCAUGACUUGAAAGAGUUGGAAAAAUCGGGCUUGUGGUACCACAAGAGAAUCAUUCCUGGAAUCCCUCCAUACUCAAACUCCUUUGUCCAGAUUAUUGUUAUGUCUUUCGUUAUCUUCUUGACCCCAGGUUGUUUCAAUGCCAUCACUGGUAUUGGUAAUUCUGGUAUUUCCGACCCAAAGGUCGCUGAUAACGCUAACGUCGCUUUGUAUUCGUGUUUUGCUACUAUUGGUGCCUUCAGUGGUGUUAUUUGUAACUACAUUGGUGUUAAGGCUUGUCUUAUGUUCGGUGGUACCGGCUACUUUAUGUAUACCGCUUCGCUUUUGGUUUUCCACCAGACUGGAAAUAAAGGUUUCCCUGUAUUCGCUGGUGCUUACUUGGGUGUCUGUGCUGCCUUAACUUGGGCUGCUCAAGGUUCCAUUGUCAUGUCUUAUGCCCUUGAGCACAAGAAAGCUACUGCCAUUAUGGUUUACUGGGUGAUUUUCAACUGCGGUGCCGUCAUUGGCUCCAUUAUUCCUUUGGCUCAAAACAUGACUACUGGUGAUUCCCACGUCAACGCUGGUACGUACGUGGCUUUUAUGAUUUUGAUGGCUGGUGGUGUUGUUUUGGCCGGCUUUAUGCUUCCAAUGGACAAGGUCUACAAAUCUGAUGGUACUAAGGUUAUUGCUAAGAAGUACCCUAAGAUUACCCACGAGAUUAAGGGUAUGUGGAAGGUGUUGAAAACCGAAGGCAAGAUUUACUUUAUGUUCCCAAUGUUCUGUGCUUCUAACUGGUUCUACACCUACCAAUUUAACAACUUCAACGCUGCUCGUUUUAAUGUGAGAACCAGAUCCUUGAACGGUUUGCUUUACUGGCUUACUCAGAUGGUUGGUGCCAUUGUUAUCGGUUUCUUGUUGGACUGGAAGAGAUUCAAGAGACCCAUGCGUGCUAAACUCGGCUGGAUUGUUAUUUUCCUCUUCGGCAUGGCUACUUGGGGCGGAGGAUUGAAGUUCCAAUUGGGUGUCACCAGAGAGAAUGUUGACGACGAUCCUCUUAUUGACUUCCACGACAGCAACUACAUUGGUCCUAUGUUCUUGUACAUGUGCUAUGGUGGUUUCGACGCUAUCUUCCAGUCUUACAUUUUCUGGGUCUUGGGUACCUUCUCCAACAACCCAAAGAAAGUGGCUUUGUACGCUUCCUUCUACAAGUCGUUGCAAAGUGCUUUCAACGCCAUUGUCUGGAGAUUGGAUGCCCAAAAGACCCCAUUCAUGCACAUGUUUGCCAGUUCUUGGGCCUUGGUCGUUGUUUCGAUGCUCAUUGCAGCACCAAUGAUCUUCUUUAAGAUCACUGAGCACACUAAUGCUGAAGAUGAUGACAUUGACGACAUGAUGGAUGACGAGGAAAUCACCACUGUCAGAGAUAAUGAAGAGGCCAAGGACGCCAAGGAGGCUUAA